AUGGCUCCAGGAAUCAUAGAAGGAAACCCCCCAGACAGUCUCGCCUCUGCCUCUGAGAAGCCCACUGUCUACCUCCUUGACACAUUCCAUCCCCAAGUCCUCGCCUAUGCCAAAGAGAGCUUUGAUGCCAUCACAGCAGAUGACCCUCGCCAUAGCCAAUGGCGGCAAGAGGCACGCUAUCUGCUCGUUAGAUCUUCUCGCUUGACGGCGCAGGACAUUAAGUCAUGCCCCAAUCUGAUCGCCAUUGGCAAGCAGGGCGUUGGAGUCGACAAGAUUGACAGCGAUGCUUGCGCUGCUCGUGGCAUUAAAAUUUUCAAUACCCCUGGCGUAAAUUCACGAGCAGUCGCUGAGCUUGUUUUGACUCUUGCCACUGCUUCUGCCCGUCAAGUUGGCACCAUCAUCGCCAAGCAGUCGUCUGGCAUUCUUGUACCAAAGGAAAAGUGCUCUGGCUUGAUCCUUCAUGAAAAGACCGUGGGUAUUCUGGGAAUGGGAAAUAUCGGCAAAUGUGUUGCCAAGAUUUUCAGAGGUGCUUUUGAUGCAAACGUCGUUGCAUACGAUCCUUUCCUGCCUGCGGAUGCUUGGGCAGAUGUUCCCCACAAACGCGCUACUUCAGUCGAGGAGGUCUUGAGGUCAUCAGAUGUUAUCACUGUGCACAUGCCAUUGACCCCCGAGACAAGGAAUCUCAUUGACUACGAUCAAAUGAAGAAGAUGAAGAAGACUGCCAUUGUCAUCAACACUGCACGAGGUGGCAUUAUCAACGAGGCUGAUCUCGAGCAAGCUUUGUCAGAAGGGCUUAUCUGGGGUGCAGGCCUUGAUUGUCAUACGGAAGAACCACCUAGUUACGAGAAAUACAAGUCUCUUUGGGACAGCGGAAAAGUAGUUUCGACACCACAUAUCGGAGCCGCCACAGCCGAGACACAGAUGCAAACAGGAAUGGCAGCGGCGAGAUAUCUGUUAGAAUUCGCAUUGAGUAAUGCAUAG